GUCACAGCGCGUUCAUUAUCUUCUACGUCACUGCGGGACCACACCGCUUCCAAACUCCAUCGUUUCGCAAGUUUGGUUGGCCCCGGCCACUCGCGUCUGCUUGUCUUGGUCAACAUUGCGAAUGGCGACCGGCUGGCUGCGUGGAACCGUGAAGGAGGUCGUCUCGGGCGACACUCUGGUGGUUGCCGGCACAACCAAGGGACCCGGCCCGGCUCCGGAGAAGCGCAUUACCCUGUCCUCGCUCAUCGCGCCCAAGCUGGGCAAGCGCGAUGGAAGCAUCAAGGAUGAGCCAUUUGCGUGGGAGGCGCGCGAGUUCCUGCGCAAGAAGUGCGUCGGCCAGGCCUGCGUGUUCCGUGUGGACUACGUGGUUGAGGCCAUCGGCAACCGCGAGUUCGGCUCCGUGUUCCUAAACCAGAACGACAACGUCGCGCUAGCCGUGGUGGCGGCGGGCUGGGCCAAGGUCCGCGACGCCGGCAAGGAGAAGAGCCCCUACAUGGACGACCUGAAGCGGGCGGAGGAGGCGGCGCAGGGCAGCGGGCUGGGGCUGUGGACCAAGGACCCCGCCCGCACCGCCCGGGCCGUGCGCGAGACGGCGGGCCAGGAUGACGACGCCGCCAGCCUGCUGCUGGCCAAGGUGGGCAAGGGCGGCAUGGUGGAUGCGGUUGUGGAGGCGGUUCUGGGCGGCAGCAGCCUACGUGUCAGCCUGCUGCCCACCGGCACCAUCGGCCUGCUGGUCAACCUGGCGGGCGUGCAGUGCCCCUCGCUGGGCCGCAGGGCCGCCGCGCCUGAGGCCGCCGCGGCCGCGCCCGCUGCCGCGCCCGCUGCCGCCCCUGCCGGCGAGGACGGCGCCGCCCCCUCGGCCGCCGCCGCCGCCGCCGCCGCCGCCCCCUCGGGCCCCACCGCCGCCUCCAUCGCCGCCAGCAGCGCCGCUGAGCCGUACGCGCGCGAGGCCAAGGCGUUCAGCGAGGCGCGCGUGCUCAACCGUGACGUGAAGCUGGUGCUGGAGGGUGUGGACAAGUACGGCAACCUGUUUGGUACGGUGCUGUACACGCCUCUGCCCGCCGCCGCGCCCGCCAACGGCGCCGCUGCCCCGGCGCCCGCCGCCGCCGCCGCCGCCGGCUCUGGGGAGCAGGAGCACCUGGCUGAGCAGCUGCUGAAGCACGGCCUGGCCAAGUGCGUGGAGUGGUCGCUGAACCUGAUGCCCAACCCCGCGGCGCUCAAGCUGCGUGAAGUGGAGAAGGCCGCCAAGGCCGAGCGCAAGGCCAUCUGGACCGGGUACGUGCCCGCCCCCACCAACCAGACCAAGCUGUCCGACAACUUCACGGGCAAGGUGGUGGAGGUGGUCAGCGGCGACUGCGUGGUGGUCAAGGACGCGGCCAGCGGGGCGGAGCGCCGCAUCAACCUGUCCAGCAUCCGCGCUCCCCGCCCCGGCGCCCGCGAGCGGCCCGCCGACCCGCACGCCUCCGAGGCCAAGGAGUUCCUCCGCAAGCGCAUCAUCGGGCGGCCGGUGGAGGUGAAGAUGGAGUACAACCGCAAGGUCCUCACACCCGAGAUGAUGCUGGCUGGUGACAGCGAGAGAGUCAUGGCCUUUGGCAACGUGGAGCUGGUGCCGGAGAAGGGCGAGGAGAAGCAGAACGUGGCGGAGAUGGUGGUGGCUCGCGGCUUCGCAACCGUCAUCAAGCACCGCACCGACGAGGAGCGCAGCGGCGUGUACGAGCGGCUGGUGUCGUGUGAGGAGCUGGCCAAGAGCUCCAAGCGCGGCCUGCACAGCUCCAAGGAGCCCGCCGCCAACCGCGUCAACGACGUCAGCACGCCCGGCUCGGCGGCGAGGGCCAAGCAGUACCUGCCCUUCUUCCAGCGCGCGGGCAAGAUGGUGGGUGUGGUGGAGUACGUGCUGAGCGGCCACCGCUUGCGCGUGCACAUCCCCAAGGAGGGUGUGACCAUUGUGUUUGCGCCCAGCGGCAUCAAGACGCCGGCGCGCCCGCAGCCCGCCGGCAACGGCCGGCCGGCGGUGGUGGGCGAGCCGUUUGCGGAGGAGGCGUUUGCCUACACGCGCGAGAUGAUGAUGCAGCGCGACGUAGAGGUGGUGAUUGAGACCAUGGACCGCGGCGGCACCUUCCUGGGCUCCGUGGUGCUAACGCCCGGCGCGGCCGGCCCCGCCACCGCCAGCGGCAAGCCCUUCAACCUGGCACUGGCGCUGCUGAGCAAGGGCCUGGCCCGGCUACAGCCCAACGUGGACCCCAGCCGGCUGCCGGAGGGGCAGGAGAUGGCGCGGCUGCAGCAGGCAGCAAAGGAGGGCAAGCUCAAGAUCUGGGAGAACUGGACUCCGGGUCAGGACCGCGACGAGGCGGGCGAUGACGAGUACGACAACGGCGCCGCCGCCGCCUCUGGAUCCGGAUCCAACGGCGCCGCCGCCUCUGGAUCCAACGGCGCCGCGCCUGGCGGCUGGGCGGCGGCGGCGUCCGGCGGCGCCUCCACUUCGGCGGCGGCACGCGCGCCGGCGGCUGGCGGGCGGCCACAGGAGGUGCUGCAGGUGACGGUGACGGAGGUGGCGGACGCAAGCGAGUUCUUCGUGCAGGUGGUGGGCGAGCCGCGUGUGUCGUGGCUUGCGGAGCAGCUGUCCGCUGCCAGUCUGACGGACGCGCCGCCCAUCCCGCCCGAGCUCAAGGUCGGCCAGCUGUGCCUGGCGCAGUACAGCCUGGACGGGCAGUGGUACCGUGCCUACGUGGAGCGUGUCAACCGCUCCGAGCCGCAGUACGACGUCUUCUUCAUCGACUACGGCAACAAGGAGCGCGUGCCCAGCGACAAGGUCCGCUCCAUCGACGCGGCGCUGUCCGCGGUGCCGCCCCAGGCCACCGCCUGCUGCCUGGCGCACGUCAAGGUCCCGGAGCCCGGCACCGACUACAGCCUGGACGCGCGGGUGGUGCUGACGCAGCUGCUGGGCGGCGGCCGCCCGCUGCUGGCGCACGUGGUGGCGCGCGAGCGGGCAGACCCCAAGGCCAAGCACCCCAAGAACCGCAACGGCAAGCUGACGGUGGUGCUUGUGGAGCCCGACACCAACACCAACAUCGCGGUGGAGAUGCUGCUGGCGGGCUGCGCGCGGCUGCCCAAGCUGCGCAAAGUCAAGGACGCGGCGGCGCGGGAGGCCAUCACAGCCAUGCAGGAGUACGAGGACGAGGCCCGGCAGGCGCACCGCGGCAUGUUCGUGUACGGCGACCCCGGCGACAGCGACGACGAGGAGCCCGCCCCGGGGGCCGGAGGCAGGUUCAUGGGCGCGCCCAAGGCCGGCGCCGUGCGGCGGUAGAGGCGGCAGGCGGCCGGGCGGGUGCUUUGCGAGCCGAGCUUGAUGGGCGACCUCAAUGGCUUGCUUGCCAAGCUUAGUGGGCUGCGGUAAUCGAUGGCAGGGAUGGAGGGGCGUGGAGCCGAGGCCGGCAGGUGGGCGCGCUUGAGGGGAGGGGGGCACUCCCUGGGCGGCGGGCGCGCAAUCCGCGGGCAGCAGGCUGCUUGGUGUGGUGGGCGGUGUGGCCGCGGAUGCAGCAUGUCCCUGUGGACAGAAGGUGUACGUGGCGGCGGUGGCAGCGGCGGCGGAGACAGCGCAUAGCGCGAUGCUGGGCGCACUCGCAAAUCGAGUGCGCGCUGGCACCAGUGGCCACACCAUGGUGUGUGUGCUUGGUGGAGGGCUACGUGGCCUUGGCCCUGUGGCCGGCGAAUAGGUCGGUGAGGUGAGCAGCACUGCCGCCGAAAGGGUUUGGUAGGAGCUGGCCCUGUUAGGUAGGCGCGCGGUGUUGCGGCGGAUUAGUUGAUUGGCGGUGUGGCGUGCUGCUUGCAUUGGAGUCGUGUGGCAACUGGGUGGCAGCGCAUGCGUAGGCCGUGAGAGCCCCAACAAGGCAGGCGGUUUGGCGAGAUCUAUACGCUUGCGGAUGAGCGCAAUAGGAUUCUAGGAGGAUGUGCGGUCCGCAUGCGCGGUGCUGCUGUCGCGAUCUGGCUGAGGCGGCAUAAUAUAGAUCCGACAAGCACACACGCAGGCAUUGCCUGCAGGACGUGAUGUGUCCUGCCUGUCAAUGUGCAGCUGCUGCUCAGAGUAUGUGAGCGGCGCAAUGGAUUAAUAAUGCACUGGCUGUGCUGCAAGCAGCAUGUAGAUAGUUGCCAACGAGGUGUGCCACUGCCCACUGGUAAUGGACCGCAGUGAUGGAGGACAGUGGUGACAGCGACAACGCGGCAGGCUGCACAGUGUAACACGGCACUCCC